GGUUCGGUUCCCCAGGGGCCCAUGGCGAGCAGCCCUGGCCUGGGCCUGUGCUUGGCACUGAGCCUGCAACUAUUGAACCCCCAGCCCACCUUGGCCCAGAAUACUGGCAACGCUGGGUAUGAAAACAACACUACUACCCCUUCCACAGCACCACCAGCCAGUGGGGCCCUGUCCCAGGGUGCAGUCACUGCCAUCAUCACUGUAUUCUCAGUCCUGGGUAUCCUCCUCCUGGUAGUGGCACUGGUCCUGCUGGGCCGCAAGCUUCGUGAGAAACGCCAGACAGAGGGCACCUACCGGCCCAGCAGCGAAGAGCAGUUGUCCCACAUGACUGAAGCAGCCCCAGGUCCCCAGGACUCGAAGAACAAGGUGUAGGGCUGGGUGUCCUGCUGGGGUUAGGGUGGGUGCAAAAGGUUUGGGCCCCCUUUGUGGGGAGGGGCAGAGACUUUGGUGGGCACUGAAAUGGAGCACCCCUUCCCCCUCCCC